AUGAACCUGGCAGAGCAUCUUGCCGCCAGUGUGGAGAUCCUUUAUUCUCAAAAAGGAAGCCGGGCGCAUACCUCUAUGGAAUCUGCAGAUGGCAGUUUUCUGAUCAAUAAAUACAAUAUCCGGCUGGACUAUGCCGAAGUGCCGAUCCAGCUGAAUUAUUUUGAUCGGCGCCGUAGCCAUUUCGGCGCAGGUAUCCGGGGAACUAUUGGCGGCACACCCGGUAACGGGCUGACUCCUAUAGACAUUGUACGGUUUACAACCGCGUACGGUGAAUGGGUAAAACAAAGAGGGAACGGAAAUAAAAUCGUAGUAGGACGCGACGGGCGGAUCUCCGGUGAGGUAGUGCGCAACCUGGUCGUUGCCACCCUCCAAAGUCUGGCUUUUGAUGUCAUAGAUCUCGGGCUGAGCACCACACCCACGGUGGAAAUGGCCGUGACCUGGGAGCAGGCUGCCGGCGGUAUUAUCCUUACUGCAAGCCAUAACCCUAAGGAGUGGAAUGCCCUGAAGCUGCUGAAUGAAAAAGGAGAAUUUAUCAGUGCUGAAGAUGGCGCCUGGAUAUUGGACAAUGCGGAAAACGGUGAGAAACUUAAAUGA